CCGCGCGACCCAGAGAGCGUCUCGUACCUGGUGGAGGGAGCCGAGCGAAGUCACCCAAGGGGGAAAGUUGGUUCAUAUUCGCGCUCACCGAAAUAGUUGGAGAUAGUUGGGUUCAGGCGCGCGGCUGAAGAGGAGCGGGACGCCGUGGGCGGAUAUGACUUCCACGAGAGCGGACUGAAAGUGCAGGUAUGUUCGGCGGAGUGCGCCGGCAGAGAGCGGGGAUGGCUUAACCACCGACGCUCGGUGGGAGAACGCGAGCCCAUGUUCCACUCCAAGAGACGGAAACUUUGCUCGGAGAUUCCUGUCAGACCCAUUCUCUACUUGUGUCCCUAGUUCCCCGGCUCUUAGCUGCUAAAAUGUCCAGACCCGCGCUGAAGAAGAACCACUGGACCUUCAGGGUCAGCGAGUCUUCGGUCUACAAGGACUCCCGCGGAGAGCUCAACGUCCCCCUGCGCGGCGGCGCGGAGCACGGCGAGUUCGCCUGCGUCGGACAAGUGAACGACGAGGCUGUGCUUUACAAAAGUGGGAAACUAACAGAAGGGGAGAUUCUGCUGGAAGUGGAGAACCUUUCCAUCUCGGGAUUACCUCUGUAUGACGUGCAGACCGUCAUCAAGAACUGCAAGGGUCCCGUCAGGUUGAAGACUGUUUCGCAAGGAAGUAAGCUGAACAAAGACCUGAAGCACUAUCUGAGCCUGCGCUUCCAGAAAUCAUCGCCAGACCACGAAUUGCAGCAGACCAUCAGAGACAACCUCUACCGUCACGCCGUGCCUUGUACAACCCGCCCCCCUCGAGAAGGUGAAGUCUCUGGCGUGGACUACGACUUCCUGUCUGUAGGGGAGUUCCUGGAGCUAGAGAAGAGCGGGACUCUUUUGGAAAUCGGAACAUACGAAGGUAACUAUUAUGGGACGCCCAAGCCACCGGUGCAGCCCCCCGGUGGGAAAGUGAUUAGCGGCGGCGGUGAUGCCCUACUACCAGACGGGCUGAGCGGUAGCCUGCCAGGCUCGCAGAACUCCACUCCCCGACGCAGCAAGUCCUACCAUGACAUGCACAAUGCUGGAAUAGGCGGAGCGGAGGACGACGAGGAGCUCCCGGACAUGAACAGUAGUGUUACAGGAGACUCCAGCGAAUUUGACGAGAUUAACCACUCGGUGCAACCCUUCGCCCCCCACCGGAGUGACCCUCCAUACCUUGGGACCAGCCCCUCACCACCGUCCACCACGGAGAGCACUCAGCAGUCACACCCUCACCUCAGCCAUCCUCCCUCAGAGGACCCGCUGGGACCUCUGCCCGACAACUGGGAGAUGGCAUACACCGAGAGUGGAGAGGUGUACUUUAUAGACCACAACACAAAGACCACCUCCUGGAUCGACCCUCGGUGCCUGGACAAGACUCAGAAGCCCCUGGAAGAAUGUGAAGAUGAUGAAGGGGUUCACACGGAGGAGCUGGACAAUGACCUUGAACUUCCUCCAGGAUGGGAGAAGAUCGACGACCCGGUGUACGGCGUCUACUAUGUGGACCACAUUAACAGGAAGACCCAGUACGAGAACCCCCUGCUGGAGGUGAAAAGGCGCCGGCAGCUGGAGCAGCAGCAGCCUCAGCCCCAGCAGCCACCCGAAGAAUGGAUGGAGGACUCCAACAUGGCGGGAGCCCCACUGGCCAGCUAUGCUGCCAACCAUCAGGAGACCUAUAGAGACCCACAGACGGGACCCCCAACCUCCAACGCUGUCGGGCAGAAACGUGGGAAACCCUUCUUCACGCGGAACCGCUCGGAGCUCAAGGGCACUUUCAUCAAUACCAAGCUGAAGAAGAGCCGACGCGGCUUCGGCUUUACCGUUGUGGGAGGAGACGAGCCUGACGAAUUCCUGCAGAUCAAGAGUCUGGUUCUGGAUGGGCCCGCCGCGCUGGACGGGAAGAUGGAGACAGGUGACGUCAUUGUGAGUGUCAACGACACGUGUGUGCUCGGCUACACUCACGCAGAGGUCGUGAAGAUCUUCCAGUCCAUUCCCAUCGGCUCUAUGGUCAACCUGGAGCUGUGUCGGGGUUACCCGCUACCCUUUGACCCCGACGACCCCAACACGAGCCUUGUCACAUCUGUGGCCAUCUUGGACAACAAAGAUCCGAUCAUUGUCAAUGGCCAGGAAGUGUCCAACAGCUACGAGUCCCCGUCCAGCCACAGCAGCCAGAACAACAACAAUGUCUCGGCCAAUGGCGGGCUGCCGCUCAAUGGCCUCCCGCGACCUCACAGCCCGGUGACGGAAGUAGCGUCGGACACCUCCUCACAACACGGCUACCCCAGUGACGUGCACACCUUAGCCUCAUCCAUCGCAACACAACCGGAGCUCAUCACAGUCCACAUGGAGAAGGGAGACAAGGGCUUCGGGUUCACCAUCGCAGACAGCCUGGGAGGCGGGGGUCAGAGGGUCAAGCAGAUUGUGGACUACCCAAGAUGCCGUGGCCUCAGGGAGGGUGACAUCAUCGUGGAGGUGAACAAGAGGAACGUGCAGAGCAUGUCGCACAACCAGGUGGUGGACAUGCUCAGCAAGUGUCCCAAAGGCAGCGAGGUCACCAUGCUGGUGCAGAGGGGGGUGGCACCUGCAAAGAAGAGCCCCAAGCUGGAUGAUUUUGAGAUGGCUCCCCCGUACAGAGAUUACACUCGGAUGCAAUUGUCGAGAAAGGACAGUCAGAACAGCUCGCAGCACAGCGUCUCCAGCCACCGUAGCGCCCACACCGACUCGCCUGUGCACCAGUCCCUGGCCACGGCCCUCAACGAGAGCGUUGCGCCUCCGCCCCCAUCCCAGCCACUGCCCGGUCUUCCGCAGGACUCUGUGGGAGACAGCGGAACCAUCCAGAGGAAACCAGACCCCUUUAAGAUUUGGGCCCAGUCCAGGAGCAUGUAUGAAAGUAGGCUUCCAGACUUCCAGGAGCAGGACAUCUUCCUGUGGCGGAAGGACACUGGCUUUGGGUUCAGGAUCCUGGGCGGGAACGAGCCGGGCGAGCCGAUCUACAUCGGCCACAUCGUGAAGUACGGAGCGGCUGACGAGGACGGGCGCCUGCGCUCCGGAGACGAGCUGAUUUGUGUGGACGGGACCGCCGUGGUGGGGAAGUCGCACCAGCUGGUGGUGCAGCUGAUGCAGCAGGCGGCUAAGCAGGGUCACGUCAACCUGACGGUGCGCCGCAAGACCAGUUAUGCCGUCAAAUCAGAAGGCGAAGUGCCUCCAUCGCCCGCCUCCUCUCACCACAGCAGCAACCAGGCGCCAAGCCUGACUGAGGAGAUGGGGAAGCGGACGCCGCAGGGCAGCCAAAACUCCCUCAACACCGUCAGCUCCGGCAGCGGCUCCACCUCCGGCAUCGGGAGCGGCGGCGGCGGAGGGGCCGGCGGUAACCCCGUGGUCCCCGUGUCGGCUGUCACCACUGCAUCGCAGCCCCUCAACUCCACCCCGCCCACCGGCUCCGCCCUGCAGCCGUACGACGUGGAGAUCCGCCGUGGGGAGAAUGAGGGCUUUGGUUUCGUCAUAGUCUCAUCCGUGUCACGACCCGAGGCCGGCACCACGUUUGCUGGAAAUGCAUGUGUGGCCAUGCCUCACAAAAUAGGACGCAUCAUUGAGGGGAGUCCAGCCGACCGCUGCGGGAAGCUGAAGGUUGGCGAUCGCAUCCUGGCGGUGAACGGAGUCUCCAUCACCAACAAGUCUCACUCGGACAUUGUCAACCUCAUCAAGGAGGCGGGGAACACGGUCACGCUUCGCAUCAUUCCUGGGGACGAGUCGUCCAACGCGUCCUUAUUGACCAACGCGGAGAAGAUCGCCACGAUAACCACCACACACACGCCUCAGCAGCAGGCCACACCCGAGGCUAGGACCAACACCAAACCAAAACAGGAAUCUUUUGACUAUAAACCUCCACAAGGACCUCCACCUCAGCUGCCCACACAAGUCUCCAGCCAGGACGAGUUCUACUCAGCCGACCUGGAGCGAGACAGCAAGGGCUUCGGCUUCAGCCUGCGCGGCGGCAGAGAGUACAACAUGGACCUGUACGUGCUGCGGCUCGCCGAGGACGGCGCUGCUGUGCGCAACGGCAAGAUGAGGGUCGGCGACGAGAUCCUGGAGAUCAACGGCGAGAGCACCAAGGGCAUGAAGCACGCGCGCGCCAUCGAGCUCAUCAAGAGCGGGGGGCGCCGCGUCCACCUGGUGCUGAAGCGGGGCGACGGCUCGGUGCCCGAAUAUGACGGCAGCCAACCCAACAAUGGCAGCACAACCACAGGGUUACAAAACGCUGCGGAAGUGAGCGCCCAACCAUCCGUCAACGAGCUGUCAGAGGUCAGCUUGCCACCAGAACCCAGCCACUCAUCCCGGACCAAAAAGGAGCCUGCUCAGCGCUCUUCUGGCACCGGCAGGCACCACCAUUCCAAACACCGCCACCACUCUCCCAACAAGAGAUCCAGCACCGGUAAACACAAGGGGAAGAAGUCAACUGGAAGGCUCAACCUUUUCAAGAAGAGCAAUGACAAGAGCAGUGACGGUCAUCGGCACCAUUCCAGCGGGCACCAUCGAAGCCGCCACCGCUCCCCUGACAGGGGCCACAAACGGUCACACAGCGCCGAAAACACCCUUGACAACCGUCAUGGGACACAUCGCCACGGCCGUUCCCCUUACAGACACCGUGGAAGCGGCUCCCCUCACCGUCGCCACCGCUCUCCCUACCGUUCACCCUACCGCUCCCCUUACCGCUCGCCUUACCGCUCGCCUCACCGUCACAGGUCCCCCCACCGCUCCAGGCACCGUUCCCCCACCAGACACCACUCCCAUGACCCGUACCGUCGAAAUGCGUCCCCUGACCGCUACAGAGGCCGCAGCAACGAGAAGCCCAACGUGGAAGAAGCUGUAUUGAAGGAGUCGCGAAACACUCCUGAACAAAGCCUUCCAUUCGAGAGCAGUGUUCUCCGUGAACCCCCAGCACUCGAUCGCUUGAAUCGUGAGGCGACACUGCCAUCCCGGCCCAGAGAUGACCGGCUGUACGCGGAGGAUAGCCUGCUGAUGAAAGCUUCCUCCAUGGAGCGAGCGUACAAGGGAGACGGCCUUCUGAGGGACGUGGCGUCCCGUGACCAGAGAACCACCUACCGAGAUGCCUCCUUGCCCAGAGUGCGCACCCCUGAAUCUGAUUCAGCGUACCACAGGUACACCACCCUGCUAAGGGGGCGCUCUCCUGAGAGGGCGUCUGACCGAUACGCGAGCAAAGGCAGCACCCUAGAGCCGCUGGAGAGGCGGAGCCACAGCCUCGGACGAGACUUCUCUCCCAUUAGAAGCUUCACCAGGGACGACUCAGAGGAUGAGGAGGAUGAUGACAAUUUUGUUGCGGCUCAGGUGAGAGAUUACUACAGCACACUCAAAUCCAACAACAGUUACGCUGCCAAGCCCGCCGUACCUGAGCCCAAGAGGUCCUACAAGGACAACCCCAAAGAUCUGAGCAUCUGAUUUGGACGUCUUGAACCAACUCCAGCUGCCACACCUCACACGCCCGCUGGACAACAUCGUAACCAUGUCGAGCUACUAACAAAAGUUGAUUUACAAUUUAUUUCUUUCUCUCUUUUGAUUUACCGUUCAACAUUUGCCACUUUUUUCCAGAAAAUGUAAAACCACAAAAAUUGAUGAUGUGCCUAAUAGUUCCAUUACCGAGCGACUUUUUUGUUUUGAUACGCAGUGGACACUUUGUCCCGCACGGCCAGAUGAAGAAAUAUAUAUGUACUCUUUUACCACAAGGAUCUGAAGGAGUAGAAGGCCGGGUCACGCUAACCAGCGCCCCCAUGAUGCUGUGCAUGUCUCUACUGGUUUCAAUGUCUCUCUCUUUCUAUCCCCCUCUCUCUCUCUCUCUCUCUCUCUCUCUCUCUCUCUCUCCCUCUCUCUUUCUUUCUCUCUCUCAGUGCCACUGUUUUUUAGACAUUUGACCGGACUAUAGCACAAGCCUGCGUUUGUUUGUAUAUUUUUGACAGUUUGCAGUAUGUGUACAUUCAGAGGUGAUCAUUUUAACGAAUGAAGGGAAAAUAAAGUUCAACUAUGAAGCUGAUGAUGAUGUUAAAAAUAAAAUAAUAUAUUCAACAAACCUAUUCGUCUGAUGUUUCCACAAGACGGUUUUAUUUAGAAAUCAAGGUGGCGCCGAGUUUGAGGCUUCGGGGAGUGGCUUGGUUAUUUUUGGUGUCUGGGUCCCAAAGCGAGAGAAUCUGAGGACGCGGCGCGUGACAGUACUGCAACUGUUCCUUUGUUGAUAUGGCCAAAGAAACAAAUAUUAAGAGUCAAGACAAAUACUUAAGAUAUCUGAGGAGAAACGUGAUGACAAGAGGUCCACUUUUUUGUCAUCUCACAUCUCUGGAAAACGACUUGAGCAGAUCUCUGGUGCUCAGCUCAAGAAUCGUGUGUGCCUUUAGAGCCGCCGCCUUAAAACUGGAUGUUUCUCAGCCAGAUCUAGAGGCGCAGCAAUAAAACGGAGGCACUUUCAGAUCGUUGCAUCAAAUGAAUUUCUACUUGAAUCUGGGCCAAAAAA